UCCAAAAUUAAUUAACUUCCUAAAAAUACCCUUAAACAUUUUCAAUAAUCCCCACCAUGUCCCUUCACUCAGACUCUCCUCCCUCCUCCAGCAGAGACUGGCUCUUCCCCUCGCCGGCCUACAUCCACUCCGCUUACCACCCGGCGAAUUCCCCAAAACACCUCCGGAGAUUCACCACGACCCCCAGAACAUCCCACCCUCGCACUCCGGAUCCUAGACCCUCAAGAACGUUCCGGAACGAUGGCGUUCCGGCCUCGAACCCGAUUCCGUAUAGGGAUUUCAGGUAUGCAGGGGUUCGCCGGAGAUUCGACCUCUCUCGCCGGACCGAGAGGCUUCCGAAACGGGACGAUGCUGGAGCCGUUUCGGGACGGAAGUCGGAAAUCACCGCCGUUUCGAGGGAGAAAGUGUGUACCGCCGAGAAGGUUUUCGGAUUUUCGGGUCGGGUCUUUAGAGUUCGGUGGAAAAUGGCAAUCUCUGUAGCCAUUUUGAUCACAGUGUUCUCCUCACUUCUGCACAACAACUUCUCAUUACAGAACCAAGUCAAUGAGCUUCGGGACCAGGUCUCCAAAUGCAAUAUCUCAAUAGAUGCAACCAGUUCCUUUAAACAGGAGAGUGAUCAUCGUCCAAGCAAAAACUUGAAAAUUUUAGCGCUCAUUCUCUCUCUCACAAUUUUAUCUAUUCCUAUUCUUAUUUUCAAGUACAUUGACUACAUCUCUAAAUCAAGAUCAUUGGACAACAUUUCAGAAGAAGUUUCUCUCAGUAAGCAACUAGCAUAUCGUGUGGAUGCGUUUUUGUCAGUCCACCCAUAUGCUAAGCCAUUGGCAUUGCUAGUUGCAACUCUAUUACUUAUAUGUCUUGGGGGCUUGGCACUCUUUGGAGUGACUGAUGGUAGCUUAGCAGAAUGCCUUUGGUUAUCUUGGACAUAUAUAGCUGAUUCAGGCAACCACUCUGGCUCUGAAAGUGUUGGUUGGAGGCUUGUUUCGGUUUCCAUUAGCUUUGGUGGGAUGCUUAUAUUUGCAAUGAUGCUUGGACUUGUUUCUGAUGCAAUUUCGGAGAAGCUGGACUCACUGAGGAAAGGAAGAAGUGAGGUGGUCGAACAAAACCACACUUUAAUUCUUGGGUGGAGUGAUAAACUGGGGUCACUACUUAAUCAACUUGCUAUAGCCAAUGAUAGUUUGGGUGGAGGAAUUGUUGUUGUGAUGGCUGAACGAGACAAAGAGGAAAUGGAACUUGACCUUGCUAAAAUGGAAUUCGAUUUCAAAGGAACAUCAGUUAUAUGCAGAAGCGGGAGCCCUCUGAUUCUAGCAGAUCUGAAAAAGGUAUCUGUCUCCAAGGCCCGUGCAAUCAUUGUCCUUGCUGAAGAUGGAAAUGCUGAUCAGAGUGAUGCCCGUGCACUUAGAACAGUUUUAAGUCUAACUGGAGUUAAAGAAGGGCUUAGAGGACAUAUAGUUGUGGAACUUAGUGAUCUUGACAAUGAGGUCCUUGUUAAACUUGUUGGCGGAGAUCUUGUAGAAACUGUUGUGGCUCAUGAUGUAAUUGGUCGCUUGAUGAUUCAAUGUGCUCGGCAACCUGGACUUGCACAGAUCUGGGAAGACAUCCUUGGGUUUGAAAACUGUGAGUUCUACAUCAAAAGAUGGCCACUGUUGGAUGGCAUGCAAUUUGAGGAUGUCUUAAUCAGUUUUCCUUAUGCCAUUCCUUGUGGGGUCAAGGUUUCAUCAUGUGGUGGUAAAAUUAUUCUGAAUCCUGAUGAUUCCUAUGUUCUACAAGAAGGUGAUGAAGUUCUUGUCAUAGCUGAGGAUGACGACAGCUAUGGUCCAGCAACAUUGCCUACGGUCAAAGAAGCAUCAUUCAUACACUUUGCUCGACCAACAAAAAAGCCACAGAAGAUUCUACUUUGUGGAUGGAUGUGGGACAUUGAUGAUAUGAUUGUGGUAUUGGAUGCGUUUCUAGCACAUGGUUCAGAGGUUUGGAUGUUCAAUGAGGUUCUUGAGAAGGAGAGGGAGAAGAAGCUUAUUGAUGGUGGUCUUGACAUCAGCCGGUUGGUGAAUAUAACCUUGGUUAAUCGUGAGGGAAAUGCUGUAAUACGGCGCCACUUGGAAAGCCUUCCCCUAGAAUCGUUUGAUUCAAUCUUGAUUCUGGCUGAUGAAUCUGUUGAAGAUUCAGCAAUUCAAGCUGAUUCCAGAUCUCUUGCUACAUUACUAUUAAUUCGUGACAUUCAGGCUAAACGUCUCCCAUUCAGAGAAGCCAUGGUAAACCAAGUUCAUAGAGGGAGCUUCUCACAAGGCUCUUGGAUUAGAGAAAUGGUGCUAGCUUCAGAUAAAUCAGUUAUAAUCAGUGAAAUUCUGGACCCAAGGACAAAAAAUCUAUUAUCCAUGUCAAAGAUCAGUGAUUAUGUUUUAUCAAAUGAGCUUGUCAGCAUGGCACUGGCCAUGGUUGCGGAGGAUCGACAAAUAAAUGAUGUAUUAGAAGAGCUCUUUGCAGAGGAGGGAAAUGAGAUGCAUAUAAGGCAAGCAGAUCUGUAUCUUCUUGAAGGGGAGGAAUUGAGUUUCUAUGAAAUACUUUUACGAGCCCGACUAAGGAGGGAGAUUGUGAUUGGUUACCGUUUAGCUAAUGAUGAGAAAGCAGUCAUCAAUCCCCCUGUUAAAAGCGAGAGACGAAGGUGGUCACUGAAGGACAUUUUUGUUGUGAUUGCUGAGAAGGAUUGAGUCAAGAAACAGGCUAUCUUUGAAAGGAAUGAAGAUCUUAGACCCCAAAGUCGUUGGGAUUUUAAAUUUGCUGGUGCCGUGCAAUUGAGAGAAUGGACCAGCCAUCCCGUCUAGAUUUCUAUGCCAGAAAUCAACCUCAAAUUUUCACUAGGAUUUGGCUUUCCUGUAGUUUUUUAAACGGUCCAAAUGAAAAUGCUGAGAAGCUUAAAUUUAAUGCCUGCCUCUCCGUGUGUUUUCAUACGUCAUAGUGAUUGCUUUAGCCAGAGCUGUAUUAUACCACCAAAAUGUAAAACAAAGUUGAGAACAAUACGCUGUUCUCCCUUCUCUUUCUGCCUGCAAAUGGGGUUGGGGGUUUUUGAAUUCCACAUUUGUAUGGUAGCCUUUAUGUUUAUGAUUGUAAAUGGAUUGAACUAUUCAUAGUGAAUUAUAUUUGAAUCAAAACGCCACUGAGCAAGGCAACAGUCUGCCAA